UAAUAGCGUCUCCCUUAGUAAACAUCAUGGUCGCCAAAUAAUGAGCGAGUGUUAACACGGACUAAUAUCCCACGUCCGUAGUGUUAACGACUGUGAGUGAUCGUUUGUUUCAACAAAGAGUAAAGAAAAACUUGGAACUUCAUUUUAGAAGUUUCAGUAUUGACAAACAGUGCUAAAGAAUGAACUAUUUAAAUUACACCGAUUAAGAAACUAUCAUGGCUCAUUGUGGAGUAGGAAGCCUUCGACAAUGGUGUGGAGUUGCUGUUCUCGUAAUUUCAUGUUGCUGUAGUUUCAGUGAAGGAAUUUUUGAAAAGAAAAUGCAGAGAUGCCCUGGUCUUUACUGUGGACGGCUCCCAGACAGCGAUACAUGUGGUGCAUGUCCCAGAGGGUAUCGGCCAGACAACUUUUCUACCUGUGUCAAAUGUGAUGAUCGUCUGACCUUUUAUGAUGCCCUUUACCUUGGAUUUAUGGCUCUUCUUUCUUUAGUUCUACACUGGGUUUUCAUUGACUAUCAAACUAGAGCAAAAAGGUCUGUCAUCUUGCUGCACUUCUCUGCUUUGGUGGAGAGUGGACUGGCAGCACUUGUGACUCUGGUGCUCUCAGAGCCCGUCGGAUCACUAGAGGUCCGAUCGUGUGAGGUGCAGCACUUGUCAGACUGGUACACAAUGUUUUACAAUCCCAGCCCCAACUACACCCAUGUGCUCCACUGCACGCAGGAGAUUGUUUAUCCUUUGUACACUAUGGUGAUGAUGUAUUAUGCCUUCUCGCUUGUGUUUCUACUACUGCUGCGCCCAGCUGUCAUCAGAAAGUUUGUAGAGAAUCGUGGCUCAAAGUCUGUUUAUGCUGCUCUGUAUUUCCUGCCAAUUCUUGUUAUUACUCAAGCCAUCUUUGGUGGUCUUUUGUACUACUCAUUUGCAUACAUCAUUUUGGUUGUAUCAGUGGUGUCAAGUGCAGUGCAUUUUGCAUCCAUGGGUGAAAGUUCAAUGAAGCCCCUGCUGAAGAUUUGUAUGACUAGUCCCCGUCACCUGAUGAUACUCAUUGGCCAUUGGCUGUUGCAUGCCUAUGGCAUCAUUGCUCUAACCAGGAUGGAAAACCCAAGCUUCCAUGCUCCGCUUAUUGCACUUGUUCCUUUUCCAGGAAUCUUCUACAUUUUGACAGUCGCAUUCACUGACCCAGAUAACCUUGAAACUGUUUGACCCUGUUCAGUGUGUGCUCUACUUCUGAGAGUUUUAACUCAGAAUGAUCUCAUUGUUGUAUACAUUGUAGGUUUCCUGAGAAUUUUAACAGGAUAUUUAAAUAUGAGCAUAAGAGUACCUCACACUGGUUAUGCCAAAAAAAAAAAGGUUUCAUUAUUUUAAAGAAAUAAUGAAAGCAUUGUAUAUUUCACUGUAUAUAUACCUUCUUUAGUAAUCCUAGUUAUGUCAGUGUUGCUUUUUUUAAAUUUGCUUUUUUGAGUGAAUGAGAUGGGUUGGCCAAUAAAACUGCAUUUUAAAAAA